CUGUGAUCAUAUUUCUGUGUGUGCGUGUGAGAGAGAGAGAGUUCCUGCUGUGGAAUCCUGUUUCUCGCAGUAAACUGGCUCUAGGUUGGUCGAACGCGGUUUGAACCUGUUCCGUUUAGAAACGGGAACCUGAUUUGAACAAGAACCUGUUUGCUGACUCAUCGCUUUGUUUGUCAGACUCUUCACUGGCCGGCUGCUCCGAUGGCCUCCCUGGGGUUGUUGCUUCUGUGUCACACUCACUCACUCUCUCUCUCUCUCUCUCUCUCUCUCUCUCUCUCUCUCUCUCUCUCUCUCUCUCUCUCUCUCCAGAGUAAGCAGACAGGCAGGGCCCUGCUGUGAAGUGUGUGAUGAGUGUUUGCAGGGCCCUGUAAUCUGAGUCACUGCGUCCGCCACUGAGCAGCGAAUUACACCAUUCUGUACAGCGCUGCGGUGCUCUGGCUCCGGACCUGCGGCGCCAUGCCCGGCCACACCGCGAGGGCUCCCUCCAAGUCCCGCUCGCACCCGCGCCACCUGGACCGGCAGGAGGCUCGCGGCUACCGCAACAGCCAGGAGAGGUAUGGCGAGGCGCAGCGGCCCCGCAAAGUCCACGCCCGGCUCCCCGACAGGCGCGAGUCUGAGACGCUGGGCUUCAUCCCGGGUUCGGCGGAGGCGGAGUCCCCGGCGUCGGCUCCGGCCUGCGGACCCUGUGCCUCCCUGGGCAGCUGGAGCGGCUGCGUGGCGCUUGUGUGCUGCGUGCUGACCUGCGGCCUGUACGGCGCUCCGGAGCCCUGUGCCGGCGCCGCCGAGUCGUCCACGGACCCCGACCCCGGAGCCUCCCCGGUCAAGGCGGACACCGAGGCCCAGCGGCCCGAACCCAACGGCUUGGACUCGGCCCCCAGGCCUGGCAAGCUGCCCGCCUCGGACAGUUUCCGCUACAGGGACGUGUGUUUCCGCGGUCAGAAGGUGGAGUACACGGAGGUGGACCGAGGCGGAUGCGGCGCGUCCCGGCGCUACCGGCCCCCUGGUGCCACUGGGUCCAAGGGCGAGAGCCAGCGGCCCGUGAGCAAUACGAGCAUCUACUCGCGCGAGGACCUGGACUUGGACGACCUGAGCGACAGCAACACGGACAUCGACACGCUCAUCACCCGCAAGCUGCUGGAGCUCUACAAGCUGCACCAGAUCGAGCAGCUGGCGCUGUGCACGUCGGACUCGUCGUUCUCGCGGCGCACCAACGAGAUCAGCGACCUCAUCAACAGCAUCGCCCAGAACUACAACCUGCAGGAGCAGGAGGCCGAGUGCCGCCUGGUGCAGGGCGUCAUCCGCAUCAGCACGCGCAAGAGCAAGCGCCCCAGCCACGCCCACAGGGACAGAGAGUCCGCCUUCAACGGGAGGCUGGACAAGACGCUGCCGGACAGCGGCCACGAGACCAUGCUGGACAGCUUCGGCAGCAGUGAGACCGAGCCGGAGGUCAAGGUGUCGGAGCAGACGUCCUCGGACGAACUGGCCAGGAAGAUGAGGCUCCAAAGUGGCCGAGGCUCCUCCUACAGCUCCCCCUACCAGCAGGAGAUGGAGACAAAUUUCUCUGGGACCCCCCUGCUGCACUCUGUGAAACCCUGAACCUGCCGUGUCCCAGGAUGACCUUCACGCCGGGGUUCAGCUCAGCUCCUGGGCUGCUGUCCCAUGACCCCCCUCCCCCGUCUUGAAUGUGGACGUCCAUCAUGGUGGUGUGACUCACCCCCCCAUGGAGAUGUGCGCGUUUGGGAGCCUGUGGGUCUCGGUUCUGGUCGGAGAACAUUCUGUCCCCUCUUCUGUUUUCGGGUUGGAACCUCUGCAGCUCCACCUGUCGGCACCGCUGACGGAGCAAAGCAUGAUGGGAUGCCGAGUUCUACACGCUGGGCGUUUUGGGCUCCAGGACCAGACCGCAGCUCUGGUGGGGACCAAUGUGCAGCGGUUCUGCUGACCGAGCUGUGAAACUGGACAGUGCUGCUCCCCACCCCAAACCGUGUGCAUGGAGCACCUUCCUGUACACACUCUGUGUAGUUUUACUUUUUGUACCGCGCUCCGCCGCUGCUCCAGCUAUUUAUGUGGAACGAUGGUCUUUCUCUGGGAAUGUUGGCCUUUUUUUUUUUAAUUUUUAUUAAAGAUUAAUACACUUUUUAUUUUUCUCACAAUAAACAUGCAGCCUUAUUUUAUACCCUGUUCUACUGCAUCUUCCCUUCCAAGAGCUGGAGAAUGAGUUGGAGUGGGGGUGCGGUCAUUUGGCAGUUGGACAGGCAUCCCCUUUGUGUGAGUGAGUGACAGAGAGAGCCCUCCCCGUGACCAGAUGUUUGGGGGGGUGACAAGAUAUGUUUUGGGCCCUUGACCAGACAAGAAUGCAGAUGGACUGGACUGUAGAUUCCAGCUCUGAUAGACAUCGUUCUCUCUCUCUCUCUCACACACACACACACACACACACACAAAAACUACACGUGCUCCAGUGUGAUGCUGACUGCUCUCUUCAACCCCUGUAACUGAAUUCCCAUGGAGGUUCACCAUGUGGAGGUGUGUGAUCUCUGACCCUGCAGCGAUAGGUGGAGCUACAG